AUGCGAGUGGCCGUGAUUGGAGCUGGAGCUAGUGGCUUGCCGGCUAUUAAAAGUGCGCUUGAAGAGGAAUGCAAGGUCGUGUGCUUUGAAAUGUCAGAUGAUAUUGGUGGUCUUUGGCGCUACAAACCUAAUAUUUGUCCAGCAGAAAUGAUUGUUGGCAAAAAUUCAACUUACAGUUUCGAUCUUAAAAAGCACAUACGAUUCUCACAUAAAGUGAAAUCUGUAACAAGGCAUGGUCGCUUUGGUGAGACUGGACAAUGGAACGUGGAGUAUAUCAACCUCAAAACAAAUAACUUGGCUGUCGAAACAUUUGACGGCAUCAUGAUCUGCACUGGUCAUCAUAGUGAUCCUUACUGGCCAACACCUUUUCCUGGACAAAAAUCAUUUAGAGGGAAGCUUCUUCACAGCCACGACUACAGGGAUCAUAAAGGCUACGAGAACCAAGUUGUUGUUGUAUUAGGAAUUGGAAACAGUGGUGUUGAUAUUGCUGUUGAGCUGAGUAAAAUAUCAAAGAAGGUCUACUUAGCUACAAGAUCUGGAUCGUGGAUUAUGAAUCGCGUAUGGGACGGAGGAGAACCGGUUGACAUGGCUCUUCUUAGCAGAUUUGAUCACGGACGAUUCGGUUUAAAGCCUGAGCAUCGCGUACUUUCCGCCCACGUAACCAUCAAUGAUGAGUUGCCAAAUCGUAUAAUCUCCGGUACUGUAGUAAUCAAGCCAAAUAUUGGAUCAUUUACUAGUGAAGGUGUUAUUUUUGAAGAUUGUACCGAAGUACCCAAAGUUGACACGGUGAUUUUUGCCACUGGUUAUUCUUUCGGCUUUCCUCUCAUCGAAAAUGGUCAGCUGAUCCCAGUUAAAGAAAAUCAUGUCGACUUAUACAAAUAUAUGUUCCCGCCACAAUUGUCUCCCAAGAAUUCCCUAGCUGUCAUCGGGUUAGUUCAACCUACUGGAUCCAUCAUGCCGAUUUCGGAGAUGCAGACAAGGGUUUUCAUUGCGGCUCUCAACGGAAAAAUCACUCUACCGUCCAAGAAGAAAAUGGAACUCGAUAUAAAGUUGAAGCACAAAACACUGUCAAAAGAAUUCACUGCAAGUCGAAGGCACACUAUUCAGGUUUACUAUGUCGAAAUAAUGGAUGAGCUGGCUAAACUUCUCGGAUGUCGGCCUUCUGUGUUAAGACGUUCUUUAUGCGACCCGUUACUUGCAAAGGCUCUCUUAUUUCAUGGUCUUGUUCCCUAUCAAUACAGACUGCAGGGUCCUCAUAAAUGGCCAGGUGCUCGUGAUGCUAUACUUACCUCGGAAGAUCGAGUAUUCAAUGCAACAAGAACUAGAAUAACAAAAGAGACGCAAUGCAGCAAGCCUCCGAUUAAAAUCUUUAAUCUUCUACGUCUUUUUGAUUGA